AUGCUGAGAGGUCAUGAUAUCUACAUUACACUCCGUGUCCUCAGGGAUGGAUACACUGUAGUUCCUUCUAGGAGUGUGGUCACAGUAGCCCAAAUGUCUGCAGAGGAGUUUCACAGGAUUGCAGGAUUUCCAAAUGUGGUUGGAUGCAUUGAUGGAACACAUAUUCCCAUCAAUGCACCUUCUGAAAAUGAAGGGGACUAUGUCAACAGGAGGUCCAUCCACAGUAUUAAUGUGCAGAUCAUAUGUGAUGCUUCACAUAUUAUCACGAACGUGGAGGCCAAGUGGCCCGGCUCUGUUCAUGACUCACGAAUAUAUCGUGAGUCAACCCUAAGUAACAGGCUGCAAUGUGGAGAGAUUGAUGGCUUUCUGCUGGGAGAUAGGGGUUACCCAUGCCAGCCCACACUGAUGACCCCUUACCCAGAACCUGCAGCAGGCCCCCAGCAGCGCUUUAAUGUGGCACACUGCAGAACAAGAGCCCGGGUGGAAAUGACCAUAGGCCUGUUGAAAGCACGUUUUCAUUGCCUACGUCACCUCAGGGUAACACCUGAGAGGGCCUGUGACAUUAUUGUGGCAUGUGUUGUUCUCCACAAUAUUGCAAUUAUUAGAGGGGAGCAACACCCUGCCCUACAAAUACAAGACCCUGAGGACGACCCCAUCCACCCUGCAGAUAACCAGGAUGGAAGGGCAGUCAGAGAUUGGAUAUGCCGUAAUGUCUUCUGGGAUUAAUCUACAACCACCACCAUCACCACCGAUGAAAGACAGAAACGGAAUAAAUGCAAAUCAUACUUUA